UUUUGUUUCCGUAAUACAGCUACUGCAUGAUGCAAAUAUAUAAAGGGUCUUGGUUCUGAUGGCAAAACUAAGGUGCUCCAUCCAGUACAGACAAAAUGGGAAAGAUCAUCUUUUUUGAGGACAAGAACUUCCAGGGCCGCUCAUAUGAGUGCAGCUCAGAUUGUUCUGAUCUUCAUUCAUUCUUCAGUCGUUGCAACUCCAUCCGAGUUGAGAAUGGAAACUGGAUGCUCUAUGAGCGUCCCAACUAUGCUGGGCACCAGUACUUUCUGAGGAAGGGAGAGUACCCAGAUUUCCAGCAAUGGUUGGGAUUCAAUGAUUCCAUCAGAUCCUGCCGCUUGAUCUCCGCAUACAGGGGAACCCACAAGAUUCGUUUGUAUGAACGCGAGGACUUUAGAGGAGAGAUGCUGGAGCUCACUGAAGAUUGCCCCAAUCUGUCUGAACAAUUCCAUUAUCAUGACAUCCACUCCUGCAAUAUCUUGGAAGGUUCCUGGAUCUUCUAUGAGCUUCCCAAUUACAGAGGAAGGCAGUACUUCUUAAAGCAAGGAGAGUACAGGAGAUACACUGAGUGGGGAGCACAAAAUGGCAAAGUAGGAUCCCUGAGACGUAUCCUCGACAGCUAUUAAAUAUUCAUAUUGUGACUCUAACAUCUCAGAUAAUAAAUCAAUGUAGACAUAUA